AUGGAGAGCGCCGGGGCCCGCUGCGCCUCUGGAGGAGGCCGUGAUCCUGAGGCUGUCUGCGAAAAACACUUGUUUAAAGGCAAACUGCCAGAGCCCCUCUUUCAGCUGGCGUGCAGUCACAACCACUGUGCUUUCCCUGUGAGUCGCAAUGAGUUGUGCGUCUGGAACACAGCCACUGCUCAGCCAUUAUAUUUGUCAGGCCAUCAUGACUCAAUUUCUGCAUUGUCAUUUGGAAGUAAAAUCAAUCCGCUUCUUGUCUGCUCUGCCUCUCAUGAACGUGUGAUAGUGUGGAAUCUUGAUGAAUGUACACAGAAAGUGCAAGAAGGGUUUACACCUCGAGGAAUUGUUAUAGGAACUCUUUUGGGAAUGGUGCUUCAUAUAAGAUUUAGUCCAGAUGAUCAACAAGUGGCAGUAUGCACUGGAAAUCAGAUCUACAUGUUAAGUGCAAAGAAUGAAGCUAUACUAGCUGAAUUGGAUGGACACCUGGCUCCGGUGACUGCUGCUGAGUUUUGCACAUGGGAGAAAAGUAUGCUCAUAUCAGUGUCAGAAGACAGAACCUUUAAGGUGUGGGACUAUUCUACCAGCCAGUUAAUAUAUCAGUCAGGAAUAAUAGCAGCAUUUCCUUUGCUAAGUUUGCUAAUCGAUGAAGAAAGCAAACAGAUUAUCACUGGAUGUGCUGAGGGACAGCUUUGGAUCUUCAGUUUAAUCAGUGAUCAUAAUUAUCGUUGUGUAGCACAUAUCAACUUAAAGAAAGAGCAAGAGAAAUUCUGUAAUAAAGUGUGGAAAUCUGGCAAAGAAAUAGGUGAAGGGCAAAGUAAUUCCAAGCUUUGCAAAACAGACAGGACAAGACCAGAAGGAUCAGUGGAAACAUCAUUGCCUAUCCUCUUAAUCGAGCAUUGUGACUAUUUUGUAUGUUUCCAUAAUGAAGAAAACACAUAUUCUUCCCAGAAUACUUUUUUUUGGAUAGGAACGUCUACUGGCUUGUUAAUAAUUAAUUUGGCAAACUUUGAAUUAGAAGCUGUUUUAUCUUACAGAGAUUACAGUGACCUCAGCAUUCAGAUUGCCAGAUCAUGUGCAUUAACAAGGAAGGCAGCUAAUGGAAAGAUUUUAUGCUUGAUCACCUCGAUGUUUGAAGAUACGAUUGCUGUGUUGGAAGUUAACCUUGCUGCAUUGGUGAGAAGUCAGCAAAGUGGUAUUCUCCCAUGUGGAAAUGAGAAAAGUCUAUCAGUUAUCGCCAGGUGUACUUUAUUGGCAAGUUCUCCAUUGUGUAAAGGUUUAAAGAAGAACAUGAAAGAACCUUCUAGGAAAACAGUUGGAGUGACAAACACGGUGAAGGAUAAACCAUUGGUUUUCCAUAAUAAAAUUAAGUCAUCAGGAUAUACAGCAGCACCACGAAUGACCAUGUUUUCUCCAAAUACUAACCUGAAAAAAAAAGAGGUAUCAAAGUGGAAGACCAAUUGUAAAUGUAAAAAUAAAGAAUAUCCUUUGGAAAAUCAUCCUCCAAUCAAAUAUGAGAAAGAGAUAGCUGUUACUUGUAAACCAACUCCAAUUUUUUCUGUUCAAUAUUCUGGGGAUGGAGAGCUGCUGGCUUGUGGCCAGGCUGAUAAAACUGUGCUGAUAUUCAAUUCCAAUCUCACUGAAGUGCAUAAUGUUUUUUCAGGUCAUGAUGGUGCAGUUAACUCUGUUGGCUGGAGCCAUGACAGGAAGUGGCUAGUUUCUGCAUCAGAAGACAGAACUUUAAGGGUCUGGUCAGUCUACAAUAAGGAACCUGCCCUAAUUCUGGGGAAAGAGAAGUUCCAUAAGACUGUACGCUUUGCACAGUUUUAUUUUAUAGAUACAUUUAUAUUGCUGUGUUGUGGAGCUGAAUUUCAUCUGCUAAGUUUCCAUCUAGAUCCCACCAAGGAUGACCUAAAACGAUACAAACAGAGGAGUGUUUGCAAAUUGGUACAGAAAUUUCCCAUGACUUCAACAAUGGAGAUUACCAGUCUUUCAGCAGUAAAUGAGUUCUAUUCUUAUAUUGUACUUACAGCUGGCAGCAACCGAGCAUUGGAAGUUUUUGAUCUCAAUGCAGGCUGCAGCGCAGCAGUGAUACAGGAAGCUCAUGUUAGAUCAGUCCAUCAGAUCUGCCAAAAUAAGGGAUCGUCCUUCAGUGCUCAGCAACCUGAAGCUUACAACCUUUUCCUGACCACAGCUGCGGGUGAUGGCAUCAAACUGUGGGAUUUAAGAACACUGAGGUGUGAACGUCGUUUUGAGGGGCACAGUAGCCGCUGCUAUCCAUGUGGAAUUGCAGUGUCUCCCUGUGGACGCUUUAUAGCCAGUGGAUCAGAUGACAAAUAUGCUUACAUAUAUGAAAUGCGUUCAAGCACUUUUUUACAUAAACUGGGGAGACACACAGAAUCUGUAAUCAAUGUCAGUUUUAAUCCCUCAUCUCCACAGUAUCUAGACAAGCUUCCCUGUGGACUGGAGGGAGAGAGGAUUGGCUGUGAGGGGGAAGGAAAAGCACUAACUCUAGUCAUCGGGAUAAUGUGGAGAACAGACAGCUUGGAAUCUGUCAGAGAGUAA